UAAAUUGGCAACUCUAGUAAAGCUUUCGCUGUUUCAGUUGUAAACAUUUACAUGUGAAAAAAGUGCAAGUUUUUCAAGUUCUAAGUACUGAGCAAAUGUACCAUGGAGAAUCGAGAAAAAGAACAUUUGUUGGCUUUGAAAGUCAUGCGAUUGACUCGACCAUCCUUAUAUACGACACAACCAAUUGCCGCUGAUUCAAAGUAUUUUGCUUGUGCACUUCUAAAUGAGGAAUUAAAACAAGAUUUGGGCUCUGCAGAGAAGCUCAAGUAUUGUAACUCUGGAAAUUUAUUGAUGCUGCCUCAAAGUUUUGGGAAUAUAUAUCUAGGAGAAACUUUUUCCUGUUAUAUGAGUGUUCAUAAUGAUAGUCAACAAACAGUUACAUCUGUUCAAGUGCAGGCGGAUUUACAGAUAGGACUUCAAAAAAUUGUACUCACUGGACAGAGAGGAAAUUACUGCUCUUUUUCUCAGCUGAAUCCUGAUGAAAGUGUAGAUGAUGUUAUACAUCAUGAAGUAAAAGAAAUAGGAACUCAUAUAUUAGCAUGUACUGUCAAUUAUACUACAAUGAACAAUGAGAAGUUACAUUUCAGGAAAUUCUUUAAGUUCCAGGUGUCCAAGCCUUUGGAUGUGAAAACAAAAUUUUAUAAUGCUGAGUCUGAUGAAGUUUAUCUUGAGGCUCCUCUUCAGAAUAUUACUUAUGCACCAAUGUGUUUAGAAAAAGUUGCAUUAGAGCCUUCGCCAAAUUUUUCUUCAAGGCAGUUGAAUACUGUGGAAACUGAGAAAGGAAUUAUUCCUGUGUUUGGAGAAGUGAAUUGCUUGAAUCCCCAAGAUAGCAGGCAAUACUUGUUUUGUUUAACUCCUAAACCUGGCACUCAGAGUUAUUCUAAACUGGUGAAGAAUGUUGCAAGUAUUGGAAAACUUGACAUAGUAUGGAGAACAAGUAUGGGAGAAAGAGGACGUUUACAAACAUCUCAGUUAGAAAGAAUGGCUCCUGGCUAUGGGGAAAUCAGGUUAAUUAUUACUGAAAUACCCAGCAUUGUAAUUUUGGAGAAACCAUUCCCAGUUACUAUAAAAAUAAUUAAUGCAUGUGACCGAUCUCUUGAUUUAUUAUUUACGCUUCGUAACUCAUUCUCUAAUGGAAUUUUAUGGCAUGGUAUUUCUGGUCAAAAGUUCAAUAAUUUAGAAAAGGGGUCACAUAUUUCAGUUUCAUUAGAAGCCAUUCCUGUAAGGCCAGGAUUGCAGAGUGUAUCUGGUCUUGUUAUUAAAGAACUUUUCCUUAAAAGGAUAUACAACUUUAAUGAUGUAACACAAGUUUUUGUCACCACCGAUCAUCAACCUGAUGAACAAUCUUCCUGAUGAAAUCUACUCUAGAAAAUGUCCUGAAAAUGUUUGUUUGUAAAUUUUCUAAACUAUGAUUUAAAGUUUCUAAAAAGAAUUUGUAAAAUAAAUUUCGAAGUUAUCUUUA